UUAGAAUCAGUGGUUCGGUGGUUAUACUACGAGCUUCGCUUGCUGGCAGGGCGAACGUGACUUGCUAUAUCUUGUCGCCGCCCGCCGCAACCUCGUCCAACCCAUAGCUUGGACGAAGCUAUCAUUGUGAUUUUGGUUGAUAUUAUCCCGAAAUCGUUUAUUUCCGUGCUGCAACGAUCAUUGCGAAAGUUCCCGUUCGUCGGCACAAAGGAAUUUUUGUGCAAGUACCGGCAGAUUUGUAUGAGCGGUACAUCGAGAACAUUUUGACAGAUUGUCAACUCAGGUGGGACUAGAUUGUAAGGUUGGUAGUACGGAACGUCGUCAUCGGUGCGUGUGUGGCUGCCUUUUUCAGAGUUGGCGGUAAAAGUGACAAGUGGCUGUCACAGUGACGUCUGUCAAUCGGAAUUUUCUUCACGGUUUGUGCAACUGCAUAACAUACUGUUAUUAUACUUUUCAACUGCAAUUUUUAACAAGUUCUUGUACCAAAGUGCGGGUUUGUGCUUAAAUAGUGUUUCCAGUUAUAUUGAGCGUUUGUUUUAUGAAAUACGGCAAUGGCGGAGCUCAAGAAGUUAAAAAUUAUGCGCGGCCAAGUUAAGGCGUCAAUGACUCGCAUCGAGCAGUUUGUCAACGACCCCAAUAGUUUAAAUUCCGCCUCGCUGGAGUCCUUGGAGGCUCGUAAGGAAAAACUAGCCUCGUCCCUCAAAGAUUAUGAGGCAAUCCAACUUGAUAUAUUGAACCUUGAUGACAAGGACACAGAGGAUGCAGGUGACUUUGAGAACCGCUACUUUAGCACGAUAGCUAAGAUCAAUGAGACUCUCAGGUCUCUACGAGGGUCAGCUACGGGUCAAGCUGCUGGAGUUUCUUCUUCGAAGUUACCCCAUGUUGACAUACCAGUGUACAACGGAAGCCUCCGUCGAGGACCGCUUGGCUUUUGUGCAAGAGAAGAAGCUGUGUACAGUUUGUAUAAACUCUCACGCUGAUAAACCUUGUAAGUACAAGUUUAAAUGUAAAAUAUGUAAAGGUCAUCAUAAUACCCUUUUGCAUACUGAGGAUGAGUCAGAUGCCAAGCAAUCAGUGGCAGCAUCUAUUGUUUUGACAUGUGUCAAGAAAGCAUCUUAUAAAAAAGUAUUACCUACAGUAAAGGUUAAGAUAGUUGAUAAAUUUGGCCGGGAUGUUUAUUGCCGUGCAUUGCUUGACACCGCCUCAAGUGAAUCUUUUGCCACAACUUCUCUUGUAGAAAGGCUAGGUAUUG